CCAUGGACAGCUCGUGUAAUUUGACUAUGGUCCGUCAUCUACGUGCUGGGGCAAAAUAGUCUUCAGAUGACAUGGUAGUCUACAAAUAACUCGAAUUUGUAAACCCCACUGCAGUAGGUGGCAGUGAAGCUCUGUCGCACAAUCUGGGAUUAUCCCUAAACAUUCCGUGUAGGUUUACCUCGUUUAACAGACUGUCACUUUAGUGGAUUUAAACUAUGCCGGUUGCUUUCUGACCUUAAUUCCGCAACAUAACGGCAUAUAUAAUCCGGGUAAGUUUUUUCUCUGCGGACAAGAGUGUGCUAAAUAUGUCUCUGGAACUCGACGUGUUUGUCGGGAACUCAACAAUCAUCGAUAUUGCUGUCUAUCAUCUUUGGUUGGACGGCUAUACAGUGGCAGAUGCAGUUAGAGCGCGUGUGGAUUGCCGAGCAAUGCUGGAUUGCGACGUGAGUGCAGAAGUUCUACACAGUGACACCAUGGACCAGUUCAGGACCUUCCACAUGUGUGAGCGUCUCCUUCACUGCCCCGUCAAACUGUCCAACCAGCUGCUGUUUCAGAUCCCGCCUCAGAGUCAAAGCAUGCUCAUUGAGAGGUAUUAUGAGUUUGACAGUGCGUUUGCCAGAGAGGUGCUGGGUAAGAAGCUGUCUAAGGGGACUAAGAGAGACCUGGAGGAUGUCAGCUCCAAAACAGGGGUGGCUCUGAAGAGCUGCAGACGACAGUUUGAUAAUUUCAAGCGAGUGUUCAAAGUGGUGGAGGAACUGAAAGGCCCACUUGUGGAAAACAUUCAGAAUCACUUCCUGCUGUCUGACACACUGGCCAGGGAUUACGCUGCUGUUGUCUUCUUUGCAAACAGUCGUUUUGAGACGGGAAAAAGGAAGCUUCAGUACCUCUCCUUCCAGGACUUUGCCUUCUGCGCAGGCCAGCUCAUCAGCUACUGGACCGUAGGAGCUGUGGACAAUAUGGUUGAUGACAUGGAUGUUGAUUUAGAGAAGGAGUUUCUGUAUGAACUAAAAGAUAUCAAGAUUUUGAUCAACGAUAAAGAUUUGCUGGACCAGCAUAAAAGUCUGGUGUGUGCUGCUCUUCGUGGGAAGAUCAAAGUUUUCAACGAGAUGGAGGCUAAUUUCAAACAUCUGUCAAGAGCACUGGUUAACAUUGCAUCUAAGCUAAACAACACCAAAGAUGUCAGAGAUUUAUUCAUUGACCUUGUGGAGAAGUUCAUUGAGCCAUGUCGAUCUGACAGAUGGACAGUAGGGGAACUCAAACUCUUCCUCACUCACUACACUAAUGCAGCCCAGUCUCUUGGCACAUUCAGGUACCAGCUGGUGUGGGACAGGUACAUGGGCGUCAUACGAAGCUGCAUCAUCAAGAUGUAUCACGAAUAAGUAGACCUGGUGUGGGUCUGAUCCAUCCACCUCGCUGAAUUUACAUUUAGUCAUUUAGCAGACGCUCUUAUCCAGAGCGACUUACAGUAAGUACAGGGACAUUCUCCCCGAGGCAAGAAGGGUGAAGUGCCUUGCCCAAGGACACAUCGUCAUUUUUGCACGGCCAGGAAUCGAACCAGCAACCUUCUGAUUACUAGCCUGAUUCUCUAACCGCUCAGCCACCUGACUCCCUAUAUGAAUAUCUACUGAAUAUCUUCACCCAACUGCCGUUCGUAGUGCUGGAAUAUCUCCCUAUAUCUUUUGACAUAACUUUGAUGCUGUGUUCACAUGGCCCAUGGCCACCACAGUCUCCUGAUCAUGCUGCGCUAGUAUGAGUUGUUUACUAUAUGUAUUUAUACAGGAUUAAUUAUUCUAAUGUGUUGAUUGAUACGAAGUAAAGUUAUUUGUUU